AUGCUGUGCGAGAUCGAGUGUAGAGCCCUAAACGCGGCUCACACAAUGCUCAUUCAAGAUUUUGAGCCACGCGACGCACUAACUUACUUGGAAGGUCAGAAAAUUUUCACCGAAGAUCACACGGAUCUCAUAAGCAACAUGCCAACUCGGCUCGAGAGAAUCGCCAACUUUAUGAGAGCUUACCGUCGCCAGGCUUCCGAAAUAGGCCCGCUCAUAGAGUUCUUUCUCUACAACAAUCAAAGCCAUCUAGCAAAUUUUCUUGAGGAUUAUAUAUACUUCGCAAUUAACGAACCAGAAAAACUGCGUCCAGUUGUAAUUGCUCCGAGAUUCUCGCGACAAAUGCUCGACCGAAAAUUGCUCAUGGGAAACGUGCCGCAUAGUUUGAAAGAGUUCACUCGAGAAUAUUUCGUGGAUAGAAUCGUAGGAAGAUUGGACCAAAUGUGCGAUUUGGACUCAUUUUUUCUCUUCAUCCACGGGCGUGCUGGCUCUGGGAAGUCAGUUAUUGCGGCUCAAGCACUCUCCAAAUCGGAUCAACUCAUCGGAAUGUAAGAAAAUGUUUAAGGUGAAAAUGAAAGAAUCCUUUUCAGCAAUUAUGAUUCGGUUAUUUGGCUCCAUGACGGCGGAACCACCGCAAAAUCCACGUUCGCACUGUUUUCAGAUCUUUUGCUCAUGCUCAAGUAAGUUCUAUUCACGUAUCUCCAAACACACCGUUGAUAAAAGCAUGCCUUUUUUGUUGCUUUUUCCACUUGCAUGUUGUCCGUUUAGACGGGCUUGUCUUGUGUGCGAUACGGAUGAUUCGCACUCGGUGCCCGACUUCAUUAACCGUGUUCUUUCAAGAAGCGAAGACGAUCUCUACAAUUUCCCUUCCAUGGAACACGUCACAUCUGUCGUGCUCAAAAAAAUGGUGAGCGUUGCGUCGAAUUUCCUGAAACAUUUAUAAAAACUUUGAAACCAAUCACAUUGUAGAUUGUGAACGCUUUGAUUGAUCGCCCGAACACUUUGUUCGUCCUAGACGACGUCGUUCAAGAAGAAACUAUCAGAUGGGCUCAAGAGUUGCGUCUCCGUUGUCUGGUUACCACUCGCGACGUGGAAAUCUCAAAUACAGCUUCCCCCACGUGUGAAUUUGUAGAAGUGACGCCGAUGGAGCCGGAAGAGUGCUACGACAUGCUAGAAGCUUACGGAAUGCCUAUGCCUAACAUUGAAAGGGAGGAGGACAUUCUGCAGAAGACCAUUGAGUUGACAAGUGGAAAUCCGUCUGUUCUCAUGAUGUUUUUCAAAUCCUGCGAGCCUAAAACGUUUGAAAAGUAUGAAUUCUUCUUCUUUUCUUGCUUUAAAUUUUUUUUUAGAAUGGCUCAACUCAAUAAUAAGGUGGAAUCGCGCGGACUGAGUGGCGUCGAAUGCCUCACUCCAUACACUUAUAAAUCCCUUGCAACUGCCCUUCAACGAUGCGUUGAAGUGCUUUCCGAAGAAGACCGAAACGCUCUGGCAUAUACUGUAGUCAUGCCACCUGGAGUGGAUAUUCCUGUAAAAAUUUGGUCGUGUGUCAUUCCUGUGGACAUUUGUUCGAACGAAGAAGAUUCACUUGACGAUGAGGUCGCCGACAAACUUAAACGGUUGAGCAAGUAUGCAAAUUGUUCAAUAUUCUUUUAUGAAAGAAAUUUUCAGGCGUGGAGCACUUUUGAGUGGGAAACGGACCACAGUUGUGACUUUCAAGAUCGAUCACAUCAUUCACACUUUUUUGAAGCAUGUCGUCGAUAUUCAAACUAUCACGGUUACAUUCCAAUAAAUUUACUGUGCGAACCUAUCUUUUUCAGACGGGAAUUUCGCUUCUUGAGCAACGGCUCCUCGAAGUCAACAACAAUACAACGACUCCUGAACGGGCACCCCGUCCUCUACAAAAGUUUCGUCGGCCAUCCGAAGACAUGUACUACAACGAAGAUAUCGUUAGACCCGAGGACUAUCCGAAGUUUAUGCAGAUCCAUCGUCAGUUCUACGAUUCACUUAAGAAAUUCAUAUCGUCAUGA